AUGGGCCCGUCUGGGGUGAGAUCGGACGGGUGGAAAGUCACGGGCAGGCCCAGGAUGAGAUCGGACGACGCUCGGGACAAGGGAGAGGUCGCCGCCGGCGGCCCCACGGCCGAUCGAGGAGAUGUAGUAAGGGACUCCACGGAGGACGGGGUUUCCGGAGGUGUCGACGAGUAUUUGGGCCGCGGCAGACGAGAGGAAAAGGAAAGAGAAAAUAAAUCUUACUCACUAAGGACCUGUUUAUCAUCCGAGGACCUGGUCAGCUCGAAAGUGGGCGAGGUCGGCAUCCUAGGAUCUCUCGGUCUGAAUCCAGAACUUCGGAUUUCACGAACCUCCCAAAUUCCUGUUGUGAAAGCCUUGGACCUUCGGCUUGGUGAUGGCGGACAAAUUCCCUCCAACGGAGACCUUUCGAGUUUGAGCAUCGGCAGUGGACACAAGGGUCGGCGGGAAGCUGAGCAUCGACGUCACGACAGGCCCCACGCCACUGGCAAGCCCGGUUUGGGUUAUGGGUCGACUUCUGGGAGUUCGUGA